CAUGACAAAUGACAGAUACGGCCAAAAAAGCUUCUUGAUCGCCAAAUUUGUUGUUUUCUAAUUUUAUAGUUUAUUAUAGCUUUCAAAUAAUCAAGUAUACAAUUUUAAAGAAACGACAUGUCUGAUAACGACGAUGACUAUAUGUGUGAGGAAGAGGAGGACUAUGGAUUGGAAUACUCGGAGGACAGCAACUCGGAGCCGGAUGUGGACCUGGAGAACCAGUACUACAACAGCAAGGCACUCAAGGAGGAUGAGCCCAAAGCCGCACUUGUCAGCUUCCAGAAGGUUCUAGAGCUGGAAGGGGGCGAGAAGGGGGAGUGGGGGUUUAAGGCACUCAAGCAGAUGAUUAAGAUUAAUUUUAAAUUGAGUAACUUUGCUGAGAUGAUGACUCGGUACAAGCAGCUGCUCACAUACAUCAAGAGCGCCGUCACCAGGAACCACUCCGAGAAGUCCAUCAACUCUAUCCUUGACUACAUCUCCACCUCUAGGAAUAUGGAAUUACUACAAGACUUCUACGAGACAACUCUAGAAGCCUUGAAAGAUGCCAAGAAUGACCGGCUGUGGUUCAAAACUAACACUAAACUAGGCAAGCUCUACUAUGACAGGGGAGACUUUAACAAAUUAGCUAAAAUAUUGAAACAGCUGCAUCAAAGUUGUCAGACGGACGACGGCGAGGACGACCUCAAGAAGGGCACGCAGCUGCUCGAGAUCUACGCGCUCGAGAUCCAGAUGUACACCGCGCAGAAGAACAACAAGAAGCUCAAGGCGCUCUACGAACAGUCGCUUCACAUCAAGUCCGCUAUCCCGCAUCCGCUGAUCAUGGGCGUUAUUAGAGAAUGCGGCGGCAAGAUGCACCUGCGAGAAGGCGAGUUCGAGAAGGCCCACACGGACUUCUUCGAGGCGUUCAAGAACUACGACGAGUCGGGCUCCCCGCGCCGCACCACCUGCCUCAAGUACCUCGUGCUCGCCAACAUGUUAAUGAAAUCGGGCAUCAACCCGUUCGACUCUCAAGAGGCGAAACCCUACAAGAACGACCCGGAAAUCUUAGCGAUGACGAACCUAGUGAUGGCGUAUCAAAACAACGACAUCAACGAAUUCGAGUCCAUUCUGAAACACAACAGAAACAAUAUAAUGGAUGACCCGUUCAUUAGAGAACAUAUUGAAGACCUGCUCAGGAACAUAAGGACACAAGUGCUUAUAAAACUGAUUGGGCCCUACACGAGGAUACACAUACCGUUUAUUUCUAAGGAGCUCAACAUUGACGAGAAAGAAGUGGAGAAUUUACUCGUCACGUGUAUCUUGGACAACACAAUCAGCGGACGCAUAGACCAAGUGAACUCAGUAUUGGAGCUGCAGAGCGGCGCAGGCGGUGCGACGCGCUACACCGCGCUCGACAAGUGGACGGCGCAGCUGUCCUGUCUGCACCUCGCGCUGGCCAACAAGAUGGCGUAAACUGAACGGACCCCGCAUCGAUAAGGCUGAUUUUUUUACGCUGGCAACACCGAAAUAAAAACUCGACAGAAUAUGUCGCUUGAAGCAGAAACGGAUGUUUUUGGUCACGACUAGACUGUCAAGUGUUUUAUAGUCUCUACUUUCUUCGUAUUUGCUCCUCGAGAUUGUUUCGUUACGUUUGCAAAGACAUUUUGUGAUAUCUGUGCAACUUUACUUUGGCUAGUCCGUUUGUAUAGUUGUUGUAAUAAAACACCAGUGAUAAAUGAAAUAAGACAGAUUUAAGUUGUAUAGAGUUGUGAAUGUAGCUUUUUUAUAUCUGUGCACUUGUCUUUGUAAUUUGUUGAAGAAAUUUUAAUAAAGGAGCAAUUCUCAACGGUUAUGAAUUUGUUCCGACUCAAUUUGUAAGUCAAAUACAAUAUUGAAAUAA